GUGUGAUGAGCCCGACGGUGUCAGGAAGCAGCGCCGCUUAGUUCUCAUUUUCUGGCGAAAAACACGUUUAAAACACCUGGAUUUUCGAGGUGUGGGACACAGAUGAGGACAUCGGAAUAUUUCCAAAUAAUUCCCGACGAGGUUGCCGCCACCGCGUGAGGACCGUCGCUAUGAUUUGGCUUUGAUAUCGGUGAUGUUUACUGUGUAGGUUCCUCUGAGGGGUCGCCAAUAAUUGGAGCCUCUAGCCCUCAGCUGCCUAGAUAUUAGGCACGAACGAGCAUAUUUUAUCCCCUUUUCUGCUUGGUUGGGGGCUGGCGGCAAGCCAAGAGUUGACUCUGGAGCAGGACACGGAGGAUAGCAUGGCCAUGACGGGAGGGACGGCCGCCGCCCUUCCCAUGAGCAACCACACCCGGGAGCGGGUGACCGUGGCCAAGCUGACGCUGGAGAACUUCUACAGCACGCUGCUCACGCAGCACGAGGAGCGCGAGAUGAGGCAGAAGAAGCUGGAGAAGGCGAUGGAGGAAGAGGGACUGCCGGACGAGGAGAAGGUCAUGCGGCGCUCCCAGCACGCUCGCAAGGAGACGGAGUUCCUGCGGCUGAAGAGGACUCGGCUCGGCUUGGACGACUUCGAAUCCCUGAAGGUCAUCGGACGAGGCGCUUUCGGAGAGGUGCGCUUGGUGCAGAAGAAAGACACGGGACACAUCUACGCCAUGAAGAUUUUGAGAAAGGCCGACAUGCUGGAGAAGGAGCAGGUGGCGCACAUCCGUGCGGAGCGGGACAUCCUGGUGGAGGCGGACGGGGCCUGGGUGGUCAAGAUGUUCUACAGCUUCCAGGACAAGAGGAACCUCUACCUCAUCAUGGAGUUCCUGCCCGGAGGCGACAUGAUGACGCUGCUGAUGAAGAAGGACACUCUGUCCGAGGAAGCCACGCAGUUCUACAUCGCCGAGACGGUCCUGGCCAUCGACUCCAUCCACCAGCUGGGCUUCAUCCACAGGGACAUCAAGCCGGACAACCUGCUGCUGGACUCCAGAGGACACGUCAAGCUGUCGGACUUCGGCUUGUGCACGGGGCUGAAGAAGGCCCAUCGCACCGAGUUCUACCGGAACCUGACGCACAACCCGCCCAGCGAUUUCUCCUUUCAAAACAUGAACUCCAAGAGGAAAGCAGAGACCUGGAAGAAGAACCGGAGACAGCUGGCCUACUCCACCGUGGGCACGCCGGACUACAUCGCCCCCGAGGUCUUCAUGCAGACGGGCUACAACAAGCUGUGCGACUGGUGGUCUCUGGGUGUCAUCAUGUACGAAAUGCUCAUCGGUUACCCGCCGUUCUGCUCCGAGACGCCGCAGGAGACGUACAGGAAGGUCAUGAACUGGAAGGAGACGCUCGUCUUCCCACCUGAAGUCCCCAUCUCGGAGAGGGCCAAGGACUUGAUAUUAAGGUAUUGCACGGACGCCGAGAACAGGGUGGGGGCGGUGAGCGUGGACGAGAUCAAGAGCCACGCCUUCUUCGAGUCGGUGGACUGGGAGCACAUCAGGGAGCGGCCCGCCGCCAUCUCCAUCGAGAUCAAGAGCAUCGACGACACGUCCAACUUUGACGACUUCCCCGAGUCGGACAUCCUGCAGCCAGCGGCCAACUCGACGGAGCCAGACUUCAAGUCGAAGGACUGGGUGUUCCUCAACUACACGUACAAGCGCUUCGAGGGUCUGACUCAGCGAGGCACCAUCCCCACCUACAUGAAGGCGGGGAAGGCCUGAGCAAAAAAACAACAAAAAAUCAAACACACUGUAGACGUUUACGGACACAGGGUCGGGCCCCCGGGGCCCCGCUGGUGCUGGAGGCCGCCGCCACCGGCCUCUCAGUCUAAAUUCAACCCUCAUCACACGACGUCAUCCGGGUGGGCUCGGCGAGCGCGGCGGGAGACCGGCGGCCGCUUUACCUCGGCUGUUUUUGCACCGUCCACCUGCCGUCGCCUCCGCUCACUAACUAGGACACUCCUCAGCAUAUCUGCAUGUUCAGCAGCCCGGCGGCCGGGGCGACGCACACACACACACACACACACACGAUCACCAAUAGUCUGGACACUGAAGGUCUGAUUGGAAGAUGGACUCUAAACCCUGCAGCCUCCGGUCUGUCCUCCAGCCUGAUUCCCAGCGUUUAUCAGCAGCGUCGUCUUUAGUCUUUCCUCUCUCCUCUGGCAUUACAAUUCAGUUUCUCCUAAAUUAUCAUUUUUAAAAUCUUAAAAGUGUCUUUGAUUCUUUUAAGUCUCCUGAAUUUAGUUUUUUUUUUAGAUUUCAUUUAUCGCUGUAGGUCUAUUUUUUUUUUUUUUAGCAUUUUCUUUAUUCUGUUUCCAGCAAGUAUCAAAUACUUGAUCGUUUGACGUGUUGAACAAAGUCUAAACACUGGAAUCAUGCUGGAAGCGACCCCGAUGAACCACACGCUCUGCAACAGAGGAAGAAGAAGAGAUGUAAAUAGGGUUUCUCCUCUGAUCGGUAGUCCAGAUCGCUGCUGUCCCCCCUGGUCGGGGUUGGGGGUUUCCUCCCGGUCCGAGGCCGGCCGCGUCCCGCCUCACGCGGAGCCGAACAUGCAAAGUGCCUUUUUAUAAACCGCUCAUCCGUAUUUAACCAGACACUCGCGCGUACUUCAGCGGAGAGGAGUUGGAAAUUGGAAUAACACUGGUGCUGUUGGAGGAAAGUAGCAGCUGGUUAAAAGUAAAAAAAGUAGAAGCUUUGUAAGAAAAAGAGCGAGAGAGAAACGGGAGGAGGAGAAAAACUCAAACUCUAGACCCACAUUGCUGCUCUGCAGGUUUGGAUUCAGCUGUUUCAGCCCACAAUCUGGAUGAUUUAAAAAGAAGAUGGCAGCUUUUUAGAAUUUGCAAUACAGUAAAUAGAUGCAUUUGUUGUGCAGCUUGACUUCAUCAGAUUAUGAAACUGAAACUUAAAAACAUUCAGACCCUGUUUUACACGACGACGUUUAACCAUCCUGGAGUCGUCGGGGCUUCAGAUCGUCGCCUCCGUUUCUUCAUCCCGCCGCUGGGAAGACGGGCUCCGGCCGUGAAGCUGGAGGACGUGGCGUUUGGCACGGAGCCUCGCCGCCUCGCUGAGAGGCCGGGCAGGACCGCCGACGGUUUCAGGCUCAGAGUAGAGACUCCACUAAAAACAUAGUUACCAAAGAACACUGAAACCCGUCGAGGUCUGAACUCACUUCAGAUGUAGCUGUCGCUCACUGCACUUACUUCAAAACUACCUUUAAAAGAAGAAGAAAACAUGUUCAAGAGCUGGUCGGAGAAUAUUUUGCCAUUUUUUUAAAUUUUUUUUUAUUUGUGUGCUCGUGAGAAAGACGUGUUUGGAGACAGAGGAGGAGGAGGAGGAGGAGGAGGGACUCCACCCAGGAGUUGGAGCUGCAGCCGUCACAGGAAUCUAGAAAUAAAGACACUAAUGAGUCAUGAGCAGAGCUUCAAUGGGCCACACUCAUCAAGACUGAAAGAAUACAGGGGGAUGCAUGUGUAGCUGUUUUUAAAUGAUUUAUGGUUUUCCUGUUUGGAGUUACACUAUUGUUUUUCUUAUUUUUUUAAUCCCUGACUCAAACCUGGGUUCCAGUUGCCUCAAAUCUCAUAGUUGGAUUUUGUUUUUACUGAGUUCAGGAGCCGUCCGGGUUGCAUGCAGCCCAGGUCCCAGUGGACCCUACCUGUAAAAUAAUGUUUUCAUUACUGCAGUGGGGAGUAUGCGUGAUGCAUCUGUCUAUAUUUUCACAAAACUCGUCGUUUGGAACAGAAAACAACUCCAGUCUCAACAGAAAGCCAAUUUCAAUUAAACCUUCUGGUGCGAAAUACAGUGAAACGUCCCAGAAUGUGCAUUCUUCAUGUUUUGUUGUUCAUAAAAAGAAGAGAACAGAUUGUGAUGAAGUGGAACAUUUCACGUCCGAAGCAGCUGGAAAGCAGCAGAAAAUUAAAUUGGAGUGAAACUGCUGGGAAUCAAAGCCGAACUUCAUCCCGACCAGCCGAUGUAUAUUUAAAGUCAUGUGUGAGUCUGCAGUUCGAAGCUCUGGGUGGAGGAGCAAUGCAUGCUGGGGGAUUCCUCCUGACGGCUGCUCCUGCAGAUGAAUCACUGAAACACAAACACAACUGAGCAUCGCGUCUCACGGCCAAACAGACUGUUCAACACAAACCCGUGUGUGUGUGUGUGUGAGGCAAACACAUCUUCACUAUUUUUUCUGGGUUUUUUUGUGAGUAGUGGUGUGAGCGGGUUCGGUGUCAAACUCACGCUGUUGUUUUCUCUCUUCGCUCGGUGAAAUCAGAGGGUAAAUCCAGACAAUUCUCUUUCUCUGUAUAUAAACAUACCAGAUGACUUGAAAUCCAUUUACUGCGUCACUUUAACUGAAGCGGGGGGAAAGAGAGAGAGAGAUUGUUGCCACGAGGUAAAAUAAAAGGAGAAGUUCAGGAAACGUUUUCACUUCUUAUCACGUUCGACGCUCGACAACUCAUUUUGUGAUGGACCAAACCGUGUGUGUGUUGGUACUCGGAUCACUGUCGUUAACAGGGAAAUGUGUGUGUGUUUGUAUAUAAAGGAUAAAAAAAAGAGGAAACUAAAGAGGAAAAGAAUGUAGUCGUAGGAAACUGUUGCUGGUUUUGGUUUGUGUUAUUUUCCCCUAAAAGUGAGGAUUCUAGCUCCUGAUUUCAACACACACACACACACACACACACACACCUCUGCAGGCCAGGAACAUGUCGUGAGGUAACUCGUGUAUUGAUGUGUACAUAUUGUUGUGUAGACACUCGAAGGCAAACAGUGUGCGGCGCGGAGGAGGAGAUUAUCAUUAAUAUAUUCAUUCAUGUCGGGGUGAGACUCCUUUUGUUGAGAAAAUGCUUAAAAAAUAAUAAAAUUAAACACUUGA